ACACAAACCGCCCGGAAGUUAUUUGGAUUCGCGUAGAGUUUUUAAGCUAUCUAAUGUUUUGUGUUAAUUUACAUGGAAUAUUGGUGAAAUUUGCUCAAUUUGUGUAGAAAUGAUUCGUUUCAUUCCGUUUCUGAUAUUGUUUGCUGUAAUUGAAAAUGCUUCGUGCCUAGGUUCCUUUCUUUACAUGCAUAUUUACAACAGUGGCUUUCAUAGAGAUGUCCAUUACACACUGAAAUUCGGUGGAAUAGGUAGAAUGUCCUGUGAUUUCAUGCUUCUGCAGCAAUUCCCUUCCGCUGUGUACGUCGAUACCGAUCAGCUGACGAACUUGAAGAAGUUCAAAAAGAUCAACAGCUACAUUCCGCUGUAUGUCGACGUGGAGAAACCGGCCAGCAAGGCGAGUCCAUUUUCGCUGUACCUUUUCGAGACUGUACGCAAGGAAGUGAACAUAACGUUGCCUAUCCACUUCCGGUAUCACGAUCCAUCGGAAAGGAAAUUCGAGCGCAUUCAAAUCGAAAGCCCAACUCUGUACGUCCAGUGCCGCGGAUCGAGCACCAAACGCCUUCUGAAGUCGAUGGGAACUUACCGGUAUCCUUGUCCGAGCAGUGCCCAGAUAUACGACUAUGACAAGCUUAAUGAGGCCGAGUACUGCGACUGGCAGGAGCUGGAGUUUAGUAAUGUACCGACAGUGAUCAGUGUCCUCAUACCGGUGGGUAACAGUUCGUCGUACAGAUUCGUCCUUCCCGCCACCCUUCUCGUCAGCUGGAUCGGUAGCAUGUAUCUCAUUUACAUCAUCAUCAAAUCGGGUAAGCGCAUCAACAAAAAACUUUUGUAAAGCCGACAUACGAUCUCAAAUAAAACGCAACGAACAAUCGUAAGUA